AUUAGUACAAAGUACAUUGGAGUGUCGACACCCACCGCGCACGCAUGACCCUUAAUGAUGUCCGAAAGCAGCCUGGAAACUUGCGAACUUACCCUGCCCGUGGGUCAAAUUAGGGGCGUUAAGCGCCUUAGUCUCUAUGACGACCCCUACUUCAGCUUCGAAAAGAUCCCCUUUGCGAAGCCCCCGCUGGGAGAGCUGAGAUUCAGGGCUCCAGUGCCUGCGGAUCCGUGGAGCGGAGUUCUGGAUUGCUCCCACUACGCAGAGAAGCCAACCCAGAGGAGUUUGCUGACUCGCGUUAUCGAAGGCGGCGAGGAUUGUCUGUAUCUGAACGUCUAUGCCAAACAGUUGAAGAGUGACAAGCCUUUGCCGGUAAUGGUAUACAUUUUUGGCGGGGCUUUCACCAUAGGCGAGGCAACCCGUGAAUUGUACGGCCCGGACUAUUUUAUGGCCAAAGAUGUUGUUCUUGUGACGCUUAACUAUCGCGUGGAUUGUUUGGGAUUCCUCUCCCUCCAGGAUCCGAGUCUGCAAGUUCCCGGAAACGCAGGCCUUAAGGACCAAGUGCUAGCUCUUAAGUGGGUCAAGCAGUACAUUUCCAACUUCAAUGGCGAUGAUAGUAAUAUAACGGUAUUUGGAGAGAGCGCCGGCGGAUGUUCCACCCACCUUAUGAUGUGUACGAAGCAGACCAGGGGACUCUUCCACAAAGCCAUUCCCAUGUCGGGAACGGUCCACAACUACUGGUCCCUCAACCCGGCCGAAGACUUUGCCUUCCGCCUGGCUCAGCAGAAUGGUUUCACUGGCGAAAAUAACGACGCCAAGGUACUGGAAUAUCUCCGCGGAGUUCUGGCUAGGGAUUUAGUGAACCAUAAUUUGAUAACACCCGAGCACCGAAGAAAUGGUCUGCUCUUCGCCUUCGGACCCACAGUGGAGGCGUAUGUGGGUGAGGAUUGCGUGGUGCCCAAGCCGCCAGUGGAGAUGGCCCGGGAUGCGUGGUCCAACGAUUUGCCCGUCAUGCUGGGUGGAACUUCCUUCGAGGGCCUGUUCAUGUAUCCAGCCGUUUCGGCCAAUCUCAAGGCAUUGGAUGAGCUAAGCAAGGAUCCACUUAGGCUGGUGCCAGUUGAUGUGCGCAGGGUUAGCAGCGAGGAAGACAAUCUGGAGUACAGUCAGCGCCUGAUCAAAGCCUACUUCGGAGAUGCACCGCCCAGCUCAGGACUGUUUAUGAAUAUGCUCGAUCUGUAUUCCUACAAAGUAUUUUGGCACGGCUUUAAUCGCACCUUGAACGCAAGACUUACCUAUGCAAAGGCACCCACAUAUUACUAUCGGUUCGACUUCGAUUCGCCGAGCUUCAACUUCUACCGGACUAAAUUCUGUGGAGAUCACAUUAAAACUGGGGUGGCCCAUGCUGAUGACCUGAGCUAUUUGUUCCGGAACGUGGGCUCUUGGAAACUGGAGAAGACAUCUGCGGAAUACCGCACCAUCGAAAGGAUGAUUGGCAUUUGGACGGCAUUCGCUGCGACCUCCAAUCCUAAUUGUCCUGAGAUUGGCCAUUUGGACUGGCGACCAUCUACAAAGGAUGAUCCCAAGCGAGUUGUUAACAUCAGCAGCGAGGUCAAUAUAAUAGAUUUGCCCGAGUAUGAAAAACUUCAGAUUUGGGAUAGCUUGUAUAAGCCAAAUCAAUUGAUCUGAGCAUACAAAUAAAUUUUUCCGUAUAUAUGUUCAGAAAA